AUGAGUUUUAAUAUAGACGAUCCUUUAGCUGGAAUUCUAAGCGAUGGCAGUGAUGAUAGUUUUUUUGAUGAUGACGUAUUAGGAAAGAAAAAGUCCACAAGGAAAAAAAGCACACCAAAUCUUGAUAAGAAAAAUAGUUUAUUUGAUUUAAAGGAUACCGAUAAGCCCAAACCUGUUGCCAGCACACUUGAUAAGAAAGACUCAUUGUUUGAUAUCGAUUCUAAAAAAUCACCUACACCUUUUAAAAGAACUGUGUCAAAGGAAUCUAUAAAAUUUUCCCAAUCAGAUCCGAAAGUAAAAGUAGGGCUUGACAAACCUGAUACAAGUAAGUCGCCAGCUAAACCUAAACCGAGCGCGAGUGCUGAAAAGCUCGAUAUUCUUAGUGAAUUGGGUGGAACAAGGAAAGAGUCAAGUAAAAUUAUCGAAAAGGGGAAGAGCUCUCAAUCUUUACUAGAUGAUAUAUUGGGUGGUCCUUCGGUAAAAUCUGCUGGUCCCAGCCAGGCAGGAAGGCCUGUCACGGCAGGGAAAGGUCAAGAAUUUGAUUUUGAUUCAAUUUUAGGAAAAACUGAAACCAAAACUUCCGCUUCAAGCAAAAGUUUGCCCCAGAAACCUGUAAAAGAGAAUGUGAAAGAAGAUAAAGAAGCUCCUGCAAAAAAAGCUAAGUCUUCUGAAGACUGGCUGGGCAUAUUUCAAGAUAAAGAUGAUGGUAACGACGAUUUGGAAGAUGAAGCUGGUAUGCCAUCAUGGUUGGUGGGGGGCGAUGCAAAGAAGAAAAAAGCUGAAAAUAAAAAAUCGACUGCUAAGCCUGAACCCGUUAAAGAUAAACCUAAACCGACACCUGCGAAAGAAGAACGACCUGAACCAGAAGAGCCACAUGCUGAAGCUAACAAAGACAAUGAAACUGUGGAACAGAUGGUUAAAUUCAACCCAGUCUCAACUCCUAAUGUUCUACAAGGGAGCACUGAAGAUAUUACGGCAGAAGGGGCUGCUCUGUAUAUGCAGCAGCAAGAGUCCCAGAUCAUGGUGGCGCUGCAGUUGAAGGCGCAGGAAGAGAAACUUGCUGCAAUGCAAAUGCGUCAGAAAGAGAGCCAGCGUGUACAACGCGAGGCAGCACUUGCGCAACACGCGCAGUUGGACGCCAUGCUGCGGCGGCAGGCUGAGAACAGACAGCAAAUGCAGACCAUCAUAGCUGCUCACCAGGAGAGGAUUACUCAGAGAAUAAAGGCACUCUUAGGUACCGAAAACACGGAUAAUGAAGAUAAUCCAAAUUAUACCGAAGAAUUUUAUACAACGGGAGACCACAAAGACUCGCCACACUUGCGAGAGAAAAAGCAGUUGUUACAAUUAGUGCAGUCCUUACAGGAAAACCACGAUAAAGAAAUUGAUCUUAUGGAAACAUCGUACAGGAGACAAUUAGCAUUCUUAGAGGUAUCGAUGAACCAAUGCGAGGAGAGAAUGAAAGAGGAAAGUGACAAAUUGGUGAAAUAUUAUUCAGAGAAGAUAAAUUGGUUGGAGGAACAUCACAAUCUGUUUAAGAAGUUGGCAGAAAAUAAUUUGACUGAGUUAACGGAACGGCAUAAGACGGAGAACGAAAUGCUUAGACAGCAGCUUUUGGACAACGUGAAGGUAUUACAGGAACAUCAUGCUGCACUCAUGGAGAACGUCAAGACAGCAGUUAAACAAGAACAGGUGCUGAUCCAGGACUCAGCCAGCUUCUCCUCUGAUCUAAAAGAGCUGGUGGCAGACGUAAGGGAAAAUAAAGUAUUCUCUAAAGAGCUUUUAGAGAAGGUGCAAUCUUUGUCGGAAAAUACUGAACGUAAAUAUGAGACCAGUUUGCAAGUCAGAGAAACGCAAAUAAAUGAAAUGUUACAACAGUUAAAAAUAGAACGUGAAAAUAUAGAUACAGAGAAAGCAGAAAACCGGGAAACAAUAAAAAUGCUCGAAGCUAGGCUGAAACAAAUGACUUCGAUGGUCGAAGAAGAAACGGCUGCUUUGAAACAGAAGAGGAUGGAGUUUGAAUUCGAAAAGGCAACUUUCAAUAAGCAGACAGAAUUUGCUAAGAAUGUUCUCAAGAAACAGGAUGAAGAAAUGAAGAUGCUGAGAGAAGACAUCCAAAAAGAAUAUCAAGAGAAAAUAACGAAAAUAGAUGAAGAGAAAGCCAAAGCAGUGAAGGAGAGCGCGAUAUUAUCGAGAGAAAAGUCAACAAUACAAAACUUGAAGCAAGAACUUGAAAAAAUGAAAGCUGAACUUCAAGCACAGCUAGAAGAAGUAGCUGAAGAGAGGUCUAAAUUAAAUGUGGAUAAACAACAGUUACACAUGGAAGAACAAAGAGUUAUGUCUAAAAGCCGAGAUUUAGAUCUGCUCGCAAAAUCUGCGAUAGAAAAGCAGGCUCAAGCUGACAAAAAAUACUCAGAAGCAGAAUUUGUUCAGCGCAAAUAUGAAGAAAGGAUUAGAAGGAUUCAAGAACACGUGGUUUCUCUGAAUUCUAGAGAAAAGCAUGUUGCUAGAGAAAAAGUUGCCUUAUCAAGGGAAAGGCUGCAGCUCCAUAAUGAGAGGAAACAAAUUGAAAGUAGACAACAAUGUUCCUUAUGCAAAUCUUCACAAAACUUUCCUCCGUAUUACGAAGCUAGUUAUGUUUUGCCUGAUUCUUUCAUGAAUAUCCCAGUUACUAGGGAUUUGAAGAGUUCCAAUGCUACUAGCGCCAUGAACGCUAUUGAAGAAGAAAUGUCACACUUGAUGGGGAGAAAUUUGAAUUUGAGGCAUUGUGCUGGUGUUGGAGACCUGAGUCAUCACGAUGACAGAUAUCAGACAGAGGAAAGACAGACGAAAACGUUACAGUCUGAUAAUAUGAAAGUAGAUCAGGGGCCGUUUAAAGAUUACAUGGAUCCAAAGUUCAUGAUGCUUCGGCUAGAUGUUCAAAAAGUGUUAAGUAAUUUAGACCAAAAUAAAAAGGAAGAUGAAGACGUUACAGUUGAGGAUGAAAUUGAAGAUGAAUGAUACAAAUCUUAGUACCUACCAAAUGUAAGAGAUGUCACUAAAUAAAAGACUGAAUCUGUAUUAAUUGGUUUAAUUUACUUUGAUGACUGUUAAAGAACAUCUUUUGUUAUUAUACUCGGACUUUUAAUUCCAUUCCAGAUUUGACAAUUUCAGUGUUGCAACGUUAUGACACGUAUUAAAUAGUGACGUUGUGAAAUUAUUCGAUGUGGAAAUCGAAUAUUUCUGA